GGCCGCGCGCUCCCACAGGAGGAGGAGGCGGCGGCGGUGGGCGCGGAGCUGCGGCGGGGCCGGGGCCGCGGGGGCUUGCGGCGGCGGCGCCCCCCGUGCCCCAUGGAGGCGUUCCCCGGCGGCGCGUUGGAGCAGCACCGGCACCUCCCGGCCGUGGAGCGCCUGCCGGGUUCCCGCUACGGCGGCCGGAGCCACAGUGCCUGCGGGAACGUGUUCAACUCGUGGAACGACUACCUGGGGCUGGCCACGCUCAUCACUAAAGCCGUGCGGCCCGGCAAGGGCUUCGCCGCCGAGCCCCCCGCCGUGGUGGUGGCGGCGCCGGCCGAGGAGGAGGAGGAAGAAGAGGAAGAGGAGGAGGAGGCGUCGGGGCCGUACUUCGAGGGCGCGCUGGACCUGCACGACCUGGAGCUGUGCGGCCACCACCACCACGGCGAGGGGCUACUGGAGGAGCGCUUCGCCGACCUCAGCCCCUUCCCGGGGCGCGGCGGCCCCGCCGCGGUGCUGCUGGAGUGCCCCGGGGCGGAGGGGGCCCGGGCCGGCUCGCCCCGCGCCUGGGGCGGCGUGGUGGUGGCGGCGGGGCGGCUGCCGGCACACCCGCGGGCCGCCGGGCGGCUGCUGAAGCCCGAGCUGCAGGUGUGCGUCUUCUGCAGGAACAACAAGGAGACGGUGGCCCUCUACACCACGCACAUCCUCAAGGGACCCGACGGCCGCGUCCUGUGCCCGGUGCUGCGGCGCUACACCUGCCCCCUGUGCGGGGCCAGCGGGGACAAUGCCCACACCAUCAAGUACUGCCCGCUGUCCAAAAUGCAGGCGGCCAAGCAGCUGCGGCACGCCCGGGCGGCGCUGGGCAGGAAGGGCCGCUAGGCUGCGGGGCGGCGGGCGGCUCCAGCGCGGUGUGGGCGCCCCGCUUUGGCUCCGUGGGAGCCGCUACGGAGGGCUGCGGGUGGUCGGGGAGAAAAGAGCAUCCCCUGCCAAGUGUGAGGAGGGGGAGGCUGG